AUGGCUCGCGCACUCGCUCUUCUCGCCUUUUCCAGCGCCGUCCUGGCUGCUCAAUCCACCACCGUCAAGCUCCUGCUGCCCUUUGCCGAUCCCCAGCCUCUCGUCGCCUCCGUCAUCGCCGCCGACAGCACGGCCACGACCUAUGCCGUAGGAUGCCCGCCAGGAACCGAUACUGAGGACUGCGGCUUUGCAGAGAGCCAGACCGUCACUCAGGGCCCGACCACUUAUGGCUUCACCAUGUCCUACUCUGGAGAUGACGGCUUUUACACCGAGGCUGCCCAGUGCAAGCUCUCCAGCGCGGUCGACGUCGCCUCCUGCAGCGCCUCCGUCACCCAAGACGACGGCAACGGUAACACCAUGGCCACUGCCAGCGUCGGCACCGUCACCUUUUUGGACCUGCAGUACCCCGUUACCGUCACCGCCGGUCUCGACAAGCUCCAAGCCGCUCCCAAGGCCACGCCCACCGAUGCUUCCGCUCCCACCGGCACCGGCUCAUCCGCGGCUUCUCAGACGUCUGCUUCUUCCGGAGCUGCGUCUACGACCCUGGCCAGGCAGACGACCACCACCGGCACUCAGACCGGCACUCAAACCGUCUCAUCGACUGCUGGGCCCACGACCACCAACGCUGCCGGUAUUCUGAACGCUCGCAACGGUCUGUUGGCCGGUGUUGCUGCCAUCAUCGGUAGCGCUAUGAUGCUGUAA